GGAAGUCUCGUGACUGACUUCAACCAAUAACAACUCCAUUUGGAGUCCCCACGUUUUCUUAUAAGAACGAGGAAAACUUUUUAUAGCCUAACGUAAUUGUAAGACAUAAAUCAGUCUGCAUAGGUCGAACAUAUCUAGUCUACAAAGGAAAGUAGCUAGUAUACUAUAGUAAACUAUAGCUAUAUAUGGCUAUAGUUUACUAACUAUAGUUUAAACAUAAGUUAUUCUCCUGUUGGAUUUCUUAAGAAAUGAAUAAUUAUUCAUUUAUUUUAUAGGAAGUCGAACAAAAUGGCUAUACUGACUAAAACAGUACGUGAGUGGCUUGAGGAUGUGCAUAAUAAACGUCUUUCUACUGCCAGUUCUGCUGAAAAUUUCAAGUUUCACAAAUCAAGAAUAAGGCAUUUGUCUGGGCCAGGCACUUUCCCAGAAAAAGAUGAUGCGUUGGGACAGGGCGGAGUACUUUACUGGAUGUCACGUGAUCAACGAGUUCAGGGUAAUACAAUCUAAGGUUAUAUUUUUUUGGCUUUUUAGUGUUAAUAAUUAGUGAGGAAAUCAUAUUUGUUGCUCAGUUUAGACUCACUUAAGUUGAUAUGCGAUUGCCAAAGCCAUAUAGGGUUAUGUCCUGAUUUACUGACAAUCUAAUUCAAGAUCAAUUCCAACUAAAUUUUUUUAUUUAUUUUAACACAUAGAUAUUGGUACAAGGAGGCACCAAAUACAUAUGCGCCACACAAAUCUCAUUUGAUAUUUGUGAGGGCUGUGAUACUGUUCGGGUGCCCAAACCGAAGCAACUACAAGCUGGGUAUUUACUUUUCUUUCGUUCUAUUUAGUUGAGAUGGAUUUGUUUAUGCACUCAGUUCUCACUAAUGUUUCUCGAACUUCGCUAUCCAUGCGUAUAUUUAAGCCCUAUAGUGUUGUGAUAUGUGUUCAAACCUAGUCAUUGCACUCAACUAUUGGUAAUUUUCCCCUAUAAUUAUUCAUUACAACAGCGUACAGGUACCUUAAAAUGUUGACUACCAGAGGUAGUAUAAGUAGAUGAUACGAAUCUCACCACGUUUAUGCAAAAUAGCCACUACCCUUUAGUGUAAUAUCUGAGUUGUCCCAGACCUUUAAUUGUCAGGUCAUCUCUUGACUAGUCUCAUCGUGUGAUGAGUAUUCUAAAUUUCACCGGUAUUCAGUAUGUUUAUCAUGUUAGAAAAUCUCAAGUGCCCUAAAGUACCUGUUAAUUCUACAUAACCAAAUCAUGUGUUAGUAUCAUGUUCGCCCCUAGAUUAUCGGAAGAUUGGUAAAUACAAAUUUGAUUAGUCAGUCUAAGUUGUUUCCAUCGUUUUCGUGAUGCAUGUUAUUAAAUUUUAGUUUAGCUGCACCGUAAUUCAUCCAUCUUUAGUGUGCUUGUCAUCGUGUGUCCUAUAGUACGCCAUCCAGAUGAGUGAUUUAAUCAGUUGUUGAAGUGGGUCUUAAAAUGUGUUAUGCAGUUUAUACGGCUUACUUGUUCCUGUUACCUGCAACCAAAUAUUUUUAUUUUAUCGGAUAAUUUAGAUAACUGGGCUUUUAUUUAUGCACAACGUCUGGCAAUUAAAUUCAAAGUCCCACUGCAAGUAUGUUUUUGUUUGGUUCCUGCUUACCAAGCUGAUACUUUGAGACAGUUUGCAUUUAUGAUUGGUGGACUGACUGAAGUAGAACAAGAAUGUCGUUCAUUGAAUAUCCCAUUCCAUUUGUUGAUUACCUCCAAUCAAAUUGAUAGACCUGAAGAUGUAUCUUCUGGAUGCAAGCACAGAUGGUCCGAUGAAAAUGCUCAAUUUAAUCAAACUGAUCAAAUAGAAAAAAACUUUCUUUAUGAAACGUAUGUUGCAAAAUCGGUUGUUGGUUUGGCAAAGCUAUUGAAUGUUGGAUGUUUGGUCACAGACUUCUGUCCUUUAAGAGCACCUCGUUCAUGGGUAAAAAAAGUUAUUGAUGAACUACCUAAUAAUAUUCCUUUUUGUGAAGUUGAUGCCCAUAAUAUUGUUCCAGUUUGGUGUGGAUCAGAAAAACGAGAGUAUUCUGCUCGAACUAUCAGAUCAAAACUAUUUGAGCAAUCUCCGAAGUUUCUAACAGAUUUCCCACCUAUUAUUAAACAUACUUGUUCAAGUGAAACUACUGUCCUUCCUCCGCCUGUUAAUUGGGAGUUAAUUUUAUCUAAUUAUGUUGGUGACAAAAGUGUGAAACCUGUGGACUGGGCUGUACCUGGAACUCGAGCUGGUUUAGAAGUUCUAUAUGAAUUUAUCGGCAAACGUUUAAAAAAGUUCGAUCCUCAUAGAAAUGACCCUGCUCAUCCAGCUCUUAGCGGAUUGUCACCCUGGUUACAUUUUGGUCAAAUCGCUCCUCAGCGUGCUGUUCUUGAAGUAGUUGCUGUUCAAAAGCACUUUGGACGAUCGGCCGAUAUCUUCAUUGAAGAAUGCUUUAACAGAAGAGAGUUGGCUGAAAAUUUUUGUUUCCAUACACCUUUCUAUGAUUCGAUUAAAGGUGCACUUGACUGGGCACGUGAAUCACUUAUGACACACUCAACAGAUAAACGAGAUCCAGCGUACAGUAAAACUCAGAUGGAAACAGCCCAAACUAAUGACGAUCUAUGGAAUGCAGCACAACGUCAAUUAGUGCUCAAGGGCAAGAUGCAUUGGUUUCUGCGCCAGUACUGGGCCAAAAAGAUACUUGAAUGGUGCGCAGAGGGUCCAGAAUCGGCUAUUCAAAUAGCAAUAUACUUAAACGAUCGUUACAGUUUAGAUGGGACAGACCCAAAUGGAUACGUUGGUAUUAUGUGGGCAAUAUGUGGUGUUCAUGAUCAAGGCUGGCCUGAACGACCUAUUUUUGGUAAAAUACGAUAUAUGAACUAUAAAGGAUGUUUACGGAAAUUUUCUGUUCCUACAUUUGUAUCACGGUACCCCGAAAAAUUGGAUUAAAUAACUAAACUCACAUCAAAGGGAGGGUAAAAUCUAAUAAUUCUAUAUAUCUGCAUUUAUACCUUUUUACCGUUUAUUUUUGCCUAUAUUUUAUUUCCAGUCUGAUCUGCUCCAAGAUAUUUGUCUCCUUUAUAUUAAUAGAUAUUUUGUAUGCC